GGGUGUGGGCGGGGCGUGGGCAGCGGCGCGCCGAGCUGGUGCUGCUGGAGGCCGAGGCUGUGGGGUCGGGACCGCAGGGCGGUUGGACCUCGGGCGGCCCUGGACGGCGGGCGAGGGGCCCGACGGAGUUGCUGGACUGAGGCAUGAGCCUCCAGCCACGUGGCCUGGCCCGGUAGCACAGCGUGGGGCGGAGUGUGUGCCUGCACAUGGUUUGGGCCCUGCGGUGACCGGAGCAGCCCAGGCCGCCACCAUGGUGAAGUUGUUGGUGGCCAAGAUCCUUUGCAUGGUGGGCGUGUUCUUCCUCAUGCUGCUGGGCUCUCUGGUCCCCGUGAAGAUCAUCGAGACAGACUUUGAGAAGGCCCAUCGCUCAAAAAAGAUCCUCUCUCUCUGCAACACCUUUGGAGGCGGGGUCUUCCUGGCCACCUGCUUCAAUGCUCUGCUGCCUGCCGUGCGAGAGAAGCUCCAGAAGGUCCUGAGCGCCGUGCACAUCAGCACCGACUACCCGCUGGCUGAGACGCUGCUGCUGCUGGGCUUCUUCAUGACGGUCUUCCUGGAGCAGCUGGUCCUGACCUUCCGCAAGGAGAAACCGUCCUUCAUCGACCUGGAGACCUUCAACGCCGGCUCGGACGUGGGCAGCGACUCAGAGUACGAGAGCCCCUUCAUGGGGGCCGCGAGGGGCCAUGCGCUCUACGUGGAGCCCCACGGCCACGGCCCCAGCCUGAGCAUGCAGGGCCUGGCGCGGCCCAGCCCUGUGCGCCUGCUCAGCCUGGUCUUCGCCCUGUCGGCCCAUUCGGUCUUCGAGGGCCUGGCCCUGGGGCUGCAGGAGGAGGGCGAGAAGGUCGUGAGCCUGUUCGUGGGGGUGGCCGUCCACGAGACGCUAGUGGCUGUGGCCCUGGGCGUCAGCAUGGCCAGGAACGCCAUGCCCCUGAGGGACGCAGCCAAGCUCGCGGUGGCUGUGAGCGUCACCAUCCCGCUGGGCGUGAGUGUGGGCCUGGGCAUCGAGAGCAGCCAGGGUGUGUCUGGCAGCGUGGCCUCCGCGCUGCUGCAGGGCCUGGCAGGCGGCACCUUCCUCUUCGUCGCCUUCCUCGAGAUCCUGGCCAAGGAGCUGGAGGAGAAGGGUGAGCGCCUGCUCAAGGUCCUCUUCCUGGUGCUGGGCUACGCCGUCCUGGCCGGCAUGGUCUUCCUCAAGUGGUGAGUGUCCUCGCCCGUCCUCGCUGCCAGAGCCCGGAGCCCUGGCCACACACAGGCCGCGUCCUGCGAGAGGGAACGCCGCAGCCCCACUCUGCCCGGGCACCAGGGGCCUCCGGACUGCUGCGCCCCAGACCCUGCGCCCCAAGCCUCAGGGCCCUGCCCUUUUGGAAAUACUUCUCUUAAAAGUAUUCA